UCAACGGCAUACACCCCGAAUUCAUUAGAAAUGACCUCCUCGUCAGCUAUCAAAAUGUUCCAUAUAGCAGUAGGUGUGAUCAAGUGGACAGUGCUUUUCUGGAGUCCCUGGGCGUUUAGAAAAUUGAAAUCCUAUGACAGUCUUUUGCAGCUCUCUAGAUUCCUUGCUGUUACAUUUGCAUUAUAUUUUUCAGCACUUCUCUUUAGAGGAACUGGAAGAUUUUGCAAUCGCACAUAUCAGGAGUUCAUGACUUUGUUUUUAGAAAGCAAGAAAAACACUACUGAGGCCACUUUGAACAAAUUAUCUCUCUAUACUUUCAGCUCUCCUUGGCCUGUCCAAUUUGACGUUCGUCAAUUACCUGACGGUUGCAUAAAACCCAAAAAGACGUGUCCCAGACGUACUUCAGAUAUACCUACUGUAUUUUCACCCUUGAUAUGGGUUAUCGCACAUACUAUUGGUGUUCGUAUGGCUUAUAUUGGAUGUACAGGGAUUUUAAACUCGCUUACCUUGAAUGCCAGAUUGGAUGCACGGGACAGAUUGAGGAGACUGUACGAUAUUCGUAGAGUUGGAUUUUCAACGAGAGAUGGUGAAUUCGUGGAAGCAUUUUAUGCUGAUCGUCGAGGAUCGAUUCCGGUUUCAUCAGAAUCUACUUCAGUUGGACAUGGGGAUUCUAAGGGAGAAAUUCUAGUAAGAUGAUAUUUAUUAUUAUCAUCAUCAUAGUUAAUUAUAGUAACCAUUGCUGUGUAGCUUUUAUAACAAUAUUUAUUCGUAUUGUCGUUUUGCAUUCCUGAAAACACGAUUUGCUUUUGUUGCAGCAUCCUCUUUUCCAUCUAAAAUCAAUUAUCUAUCUCCAUAUUUUAAUUGUGAAUUGUCCUCAACAGUUUUGUGGACUAAUGCAGAAUUUAAUUCCAGUUUUUUUUCAUUAUUCACCCUCCGAGUGGAAUAUGGGGCUUCAUGAUCGCGAAGUUUCCGUACCGAUGGUGCUGUUUUUACGGCGUUGGGUUGCAAAACUAACGCACCACCUUACCUGUUUUCUGAACUUACUACCGCCUGGUAAAC